AUGGAAGAGAGACUCGAGAAGAGAGGAAUCUCAUUGCGCAAAAAGCGCUCUAUGAGACCCAAGAUCAGUGCUCCGCGGCAGAUCUCGUCACCUAUUCCGAAUAACCAGGCCACGCUUGCACCCCCGAACCCAGCCAGCAGGACACUUUUGGAUGUGCCUCGCGAACGACCGCAGCCUGGAGGAAGAACUGCCGACUUAGUGAAGCGUAGAUAUUCCACGCGCUUUUCUCAGCUGCCUCCCGACUUCGAUGCUGCGAAGCCCGUGGUUCCCUCGAUACCAACCCAAUAUGCAGCUUCGUCUUCCCAGACCAAAAUCGGAGCUUCCACUGGUGGACAGAAGAUUGUUGUUGAUUUGAAUGCUUUGAGGGACCCGAAUUUGCAUCCUGAGAAGUAUGUCGCGGCUCUACUUUCUGAAGCUUCGGAACAAGAUAUCCGUGAAUAUGAGAACAAUCUUAGAAAGGCCAAGAACAGAACCUCGGCCGAUCUACAGCAAAAUGUUUUCCAGAACCGAACUCAGUUCAUCAAGAUCAGUAAAGAAGCCGAGAAACUCAAAGACGAGAUGCGAACCCUGCGUAACCUGAUGUCUGAACUUACGGGCGCAAUGGGCCAAACUACUGCAGCGACAGAUGCAUCGCAGUCAUCGAGUGAUAUGGUGGCAUCACGCAAGCUUGCCAAUAGGAGCUCUGUCGCUAACCUUGAGGCCUUGUGGAGUACUCAGCUCCAAACACUCUGGAAAACAGUCAGGGGUUCGCAAAAGUUCUUGCCUGCUGCUCCCGGUCGUCACAUUGUGCGCGAGUCAAAUAAUUGGAUUGAACUUGAUGCUGCAACAUGGAAACCAAGGCGCGAGGUUUCAUUUUGUUUGCUCAAUGACCACUUGCUCGUGGCUUCAAGGAGGAAGAGGCAUUUUGAGUCUCGUUCCUCACGAUCAGAAACCUCUGGACCGAAAAAGCAGCAAAUCCAAUCUGAGCUGGUUGCAGAGAGAUGCUGGCAACUGCAAGAUAUUGACAUGCUAGAUCUAUCAUCUCCGGCGGAUCUCCCAGCUUCCCAAGGGCCGCGGCGAGAUUGGGAGACUGUGACUAAUGCCAUCUCCGUCCGUGUCGGUCAAGAGUCUUUUACAUUCAGAUACGGUAAAAAUGAGAGUGAUGAGAAGAUGGCUCUUAUUUCUGCGUUUCGAAAAACUGCUGAAAACUUACGCCGGACUUUGCGCGCAGAAAACAAGGAUAGUGGUAGAGGGAGAGAAUCCUUCAAUUAUUUCACCGCUCACGAGCCGGGCCUUCUUAAGCAUGCCGAUAUGGUUGAGAGCUUAUCCACCAGCUCGUCAAAAGGUAGCCUGAAUGUGCUAGUGGAUGUAGAUGGGAAGCAGCAAAACCUUCGUUGGGUUGAGGGUCAAAUUGAUGAACUUGACGUUGACAUUGCACUUCAAAGGCUCGACGAGGCAGUUGCAAGGGUGGAAAAGUUGAGAGGACUGACCAAAGGUCUAAAAGGAAAUUCCAUGGCUCAAGAUCUCAUCGCAUUCAAAAUCGAUGAAAGAGCCUCCAAACUUUCCACGCUUGUUAUCCGACAGUUGGUUGAUACGCACUCGUGUGCGACUGUCACCAAAAAGCACGUAGACUGGCUUGUGCGGCUUGGGUUCGAAGAUCGAGCAAGGGAAGCCUAUCUGGAUGCCAGGAGUUCUGUCAUCCGCAAGCGAAUAAGACAAUGCAUUUUCGAGGGAGAUCUCCACUCGUACAUAUACCAGAUUUCAUUUGUUUACUUCACCAUCAUUAAAAAUACCGUCUCCAUCUAUCAAAGCUGUUUUCCUCCUUUGAUGAUGUCUGCCUGUGUUAAGUGGGCAAAAGAGCAUCUUGAUGGAUUGAACGCCAUCCUAAGACGUCAGCUUAGCGGUGUUGAUCCUCAAAGUUCGGUUUGGUCGGAAUGCAUGAACCAAGCCCGGCAACAAGCAAUGAUAUUGAGCGAAAUUGGUCUAGAUUUCAAAGAUUUGAUGGACACCAAUAUGGAAGAUGUGGGGAAGCUCCCUGAACCUCAUCAGCUGUCCCCUGUGACGCAAGAGCCGGCGUCGGUCGGUACUGUUGACGGCUGGAUCGAGAACUUGAUGGAUUGCAAACAGCUGAGUGAGACUGAUGUGCAGAGAUUGUGUGAUAAAGCUCGAGAAGUGUUGCAGGAAGAAUCCAAUGUGCAGCCAGUGAAAUGUCCCGUCACAGUUUGCGGAGAUAUACAUGGUCAAUUCCAUGACCUGAUGGAGCUAUUUAAGAUCGGCGGUCCCAACCCUGACACAAACUAUCUUUUCAUGGGCGACUACGUUGAUCGUGGAUAUUACUCGGUCGAGACCGUGACUCUCCUGGUAGCGUUGAAGAUCCGCUAUCCUCAGCGUAUCACCAUCCUCCGCGGAAACCACGAGUCCCGUCAAAUUACACAGGUAUAUGGAUUCUACGACGAGUGCCUGCGAAAAUAUGGAAACGCAAACGUCUGGAAAUUCUUUACCGACCUCUUCGACUACCUGCCCCUCACUGCUCUCAUCGAUAAUCAAAUUUUCUGUCUUCAUGGAGGUUUGUCUCCGAGUAUUGAUACCCUCGAUAACAUUCGAUCCUUGGAUCGCAUACAGGAGGUGCCUCACGAAGGGCCCAUGUGCGACCUGUUAUGGUCGGACCCAGAUGACAGGUGUGGAUGGGGAAUUUCUCCAAGAGGUGCUGGAUACACAUUUGGGCAGGACAUUUCGGAGGCUUUCAAUCACAACAAUGGCUUAACGCUGGUCGCAAGAGCCCAUCAGCUGGUCAUGGAAGGAUAUAAUUGGUCUCAGGACCGAAAUGUUGUCACGAUAUUUUCUGCCCCCAAUUAUUGUUACCGGUGUGGCAAUCAAGCAGCUAUCAUGGAGAUCGACGAGCAUCUCAAAUACACAUUCCUGCAAUUCGAUCCUUGCCCUAGAGCCGGCGAGCCUAUGGUUUCCCGACGGACUCCUGACUACUUCCUUUAG